AAACCACCAUUACAAUUAAUAAAAGUUAGUAAAAAACAAUUGUUAACAUAAAGAUAACAAUGAUAAUUGUUAACAUAAAAGUUCUUGAGCAAAUGUAUAUCUCAUCCGAAUUAUCUUUUUAUGAUAUGUAACGUAUUAGCGAUUUGCUUACACUAAAGCUAUCGCAAGAGAUAGUUAAAUUCAGUUAAGAGAUCACGAUUUACCACUUGUCAAUAUAAGGAAGCCUUCGAUUGGAUGAAAACAUUUUAUCAUCAAGAUUUAAGCGAUGAAAAAACAUGUACGAAUGAAUAAUUCACUCAGAAGAGAAUGUGUAGUUAGAUUACAUAUAAUCACGCGUAUUUGUCUUGCACUUCCCAAUAACGCGAUUUUUCCAAACAGUUAUAAAUCCGCAAUCGAAACAAACAUAGUGAUGCGUAAAACUAGUCAAGUAGAAUCCUUUAGCAUUCUAUUAAUGAAACCAAAUUUGCGUAUAGAAUUAUAAAUAUUAUACUUGUACAAAAUAGUUUAGGAUUUAUUUUGUGCAAUGAUCGAAAUAACGUUAAAGAUACGAUACGAUAGAUAGCUUUAAGUUGACGUCGCGGAAGUCGUUUCGCGGUAUGAAAACAAGUGUGCAGUAUGCGCGAGUAAAAACUACGAAACUAUCGUAGAAUAAAAUGAGAAAUGGAGUGAUGCGAGUCUAUACGAGUGCUUAUUAAUUGUAUACGUAUAAACGCGAAUGCGAUACGUAUGUUAUUAUAUUUGUCCGUGCGCUCGUUUUGAAAUUUAAGACAAAUUCAUCCGAAAUUUUUUGUGAAAAUGUACGUAAUUUCACAAUAGAAAUGGGCCAGCGAUGAAUACUUUGUAAAUCGGUAAUGAAUCUGUAAUCAAAGAUCAAGUGUAUGUUUGAAUGUAAACAAACACGCAUAAUACAGCUGGAUGUAUCUCUAAUCUAGUAUAUUUGGAUGUAUCUUCAAUCUAUAAUGAAAAAAUAUCAAAAUGCUAUCUUUGAUUAGAUAUCUAAAUAAUCGUAAAUUUUUGAGUCUUAUUUGUAUUCCUAUUGCUGCUGUUGGUUAUUAUAUAGAAGGACUUCUAUCUGAUCGUUAUACACCUCCAACUGCACCAAUAAUGGAACAACGUGAAGAAAGAUUAUUAGCCAAUAUGAAUUCUAUGCCUGAUGAAAAAAGGCAUUCUCCAUUGGAAAUUAAUCUUCCACCAUCAUUAUCUGUAUAAUUAUUAGCAUAAACUAAGUAUAUGAUCAAAAAAAUGUAUAAUAUAAAGAAAAAAUUUAGUUCCAUUCAUAUAAAAUCAAAAAUAUAAUUUUAAUAUA